CAAUUUCCCCUCCACAAGCCACCCGUCUUCCACCCUUGGCCCGCUUUUUGCCCUAACCCAGAUAAUUCUCCUUUGGCUAGCUCCAUGGCUACCAGACUUGACCGCCUUGUCCUAUUGCUGGACACCGGCUCUACCGCAGCUGUUCGACAAACCGCCGCUCAGCAACUGGGAGAAAUUCAGAAGCAGCACCCUACAGAGCUUUAUAACCUAUUAACAAGAGUCAUCGUCCACCUCCGCAGUAAAUCAUGGGAGACUCGCGUAGCAGCUGGACAAGCUAUAGAGGCUAUUGCAGCCAAUGUUCCAGAAUGGAACCCCCCAGAAGACAUGAAAAUCGAAGAUUCAAACUCACCACCACCGAUUGACACAAGUGACAUAGAUACAUUAUCAUUCGCUACUUUUGACUUGUCAUCUGUCCUUGUUCAUGGCAAACUCCUCCUUGGAUCAGCUGGUAAGGAGUACGAUAUAGAUAUGUCCGAUAUGACACCACAGGAAAGACUGGCGCUACAACGCAAAAAUUUAAAGGAGAGACUGGGUCUUGGGAGCCAGUUCAUGGAUGUUGAUCUGCUUGAUGAUGUUGACGUAUCAUCGGAGGCGAUAAAGGAUACAGCUUCUUCCAAGUCAACGCAACAACCGCCCCCAAUCCAAAAGUCUCAACCGGAAACUCCUCCACCCGCCACCACACCUGCGGUCGCACAAAUCAACAUGGCUGGGUUAUCUGCCAGAGAGCGAAAUAUGCUCAAGCGAAAAAUGAAACAGGAUGCCAAGAAUAAGAGCAAAGACAAUCCAGUUAAAGUUGAAAGCGAAAGCAACCUGGAGAACUAUGAUAUCACUCCUCAACCGCAGUCGGACAAAAUCGUCGUUGAAUCCAAAGCUCCUCCACCGGAGGCACUCACAUCCGAAGUUCCUCGGAAUGAGUGGCCAUUCGAGACAGUGUGUGAACACCUGUGCAUGGAUUUGUUCGACCCUGCUUGGGAAAUACGGCAUGGUGCUGGGAUUGGAUUGAGAAGUGUCCUAAAAAGCCAAGGAAAUGGCGCGGGAAAAAGAGUUGGAUUGACGAUUCAAGCCAAUGAGCAUGCCCAUAACCAAUGGUUGGAAGAUGUUGCGAUCCGUUUACUCUGUUUGUUCAUCUUGGACCGAUUUGCAGAUUUCGUUUCUGAUCAGGUUGUAUGUCCUGUUCGUGAAACAUGUUCACAAACCCUCGGUGUUCUUCUUCAGUAUAUGGCACCAGAAUCCGUAAAGCAAGUUCAUGGAAUACUGUUGCAGCUCAUCAAACAAGACCACGGCUCUUUUAAGCAGAAGUCCAUUUGGGAAAUCCGACACGCCGGUUUACUUGGUCUAAAAUAUGCUGUGGCUGUUCGAAAAGACCUUGUUGAUAUGCUCAUGGAUGGUACAACAGAUGCUGUCAUUAUGGGGUUAUGCGACCACGACGACGAUGUCAGAGCUGUCAGCGCGUCAACUCUGUUACCUGUCACCGCCGAAUUUGUAAAACUCAGCUCAAAAGAACGUAUUCGCAAGCUCAUUGGCACGUUAUGGGAUUGCCUAACGGAUUUGAAGGAUGAUCUAACAGCUUCAACUGGUGCUGUCAUGGAUCUCAUCGCCAAACUUUUCGAACAAGAAACGGUCAUGGAUAUCGUUCGUGAAGGACACUCUUUGAAUACCCUCGUUCCACGUUUAUAUCCGUUCUUUCGACAUAUCAUUACAAGCGUUCGUAUGGCUGUACUCAAUACCUUUAUCACCUUGCUCGAAUGUAAAACUGGAAAUGAAUGGGUAGAGGAGAAUGUUUAUCGACUGGUGUUUCAAAAUUUGAUUGUUGAGGAGCGCGACGAUAUCCUCGCCAGAACAAUAGCCGCCUGGGAAGCUCUCACAUCUACUAAUAAUGUAACCCAUGAUGUCAUCCUGCAAGGCACACAGAACUGGAUGGGAAGCUGGUUCGAGAUUACAAUGACUCCUGUUGGCCAGCCUUUGGAAGUCACCACUCAUUUCUAUAAACCACCAGGAGCAUUUGGCUCAGGUGGCGGUGCACAACUCGCUGACACCAAAGCGACCAAUGGCAAGGCUAAAGGCAAAAAUGCAGGUGCUGACGACGACAAAGGUGGUUAUAAUCUUGACGCAGGCAUGGUUCUUCAAGAUUUUUCAUUGGUCACUCCUGAAAAGGUCAUGCGAGGUCGAGUUGCUGCGGCGACAGCCCUUGGCAAAAUUAUGAGCAUAUGGCCAGACGAAACCAUGGAAAUGUCUUACUAUGAUGUUCUCAUCACGUUACUCUCCUCUUCCUGGGCUUCCAAGCGUCAGUUGGCAGCUAUGGUGAUUGAAGAAUGGGCCAAAGCAGUUAUGCGAUCCCGCUUCAAUAUCAAGUUCCACGGUGAUGGCGAUCGCAUUGUGGUUUUGGCUGAAUCCAUUUCAUUCGCGAAUAGGCUGUCCAAAGUCACAGUCAGCUCUUUGGAGAAUGAUGGCGUGAUGCAAACAACUUCGGAACAACAGCAACCAGGUCUACCUCAAGGUUAUUUCUAUGAAUUAGUAUUUGUCCUCAAGAGAAUUCGUGCAGAGUGCCAAAGCUUGCUCAAUGCUUUUGUUUUGGAAGGCAAAGUUGCACAAGCAAAAGUUCCAAGUUUGCCAGCUUUAGUAGUCGGAGAAGUCGCACUUGGCCCUGAUUCACCUGAAGAAAACCUCUUCAGCGUAGAGACGGCAGCAUGGGUUGCAGAUGCGUGCUUUAAUACGUUGAUCAGCCAAAUCGGCAAAGUGCGAGGAAAACCUGCUGUUAUAUCAUCAUUGGAGGACCGUCGCAAGCGAAUUGUUACUUCUAUAGGCUUUUACGAUGAAACGAAACAAAGAGCGGACACAAACAUUUUAGCAAGUUUGGCUGGAGCUGUUGUUGCAUUAGGUGUUCUACCAGUGAAACUCAAUCCCGUGAUCAGAAGUGUUAUGAACAGCAUAAAGUUUGAGCAAAAUCAUGAGUUUCAGCGCCGAUCUGCUUCAACUCUUGCGAGUUUGUUAGCCAUAUGCUCAAAGGGUCAAGCGCGCAUCAAUCCAAACGACAAAAUUGUCAAGAACCUGUGUACAUUUUUAUGUUCGGAUCCUCUUCUCACACCUGUUUUUGCGGACAAUCAGCAAUUAGGAGGAAUACAAUCUUUGCAAAAAACGGAUGCACCAGCCCAGGCAAAGGCAUCCAAGGAAAGUUCCGCAGCCAACGCACAGCUUAGUGAGCAGGAACUGAUGAGGCGUGGUGCAGAAACCGCACUCAAAGAACUGUGUGAUCGAUUUGGAGAACACCUAUUUCAAGAAAUCCCGAAAGUAUGGGAAUGUAUGACUGGUAAACUACAAGGCAUAUAUGGUGAUCAAAGCGAUUCAUCUGCUACCGAAGCAAACAGCGCGGAUGAUUUGAUUUCCGAGGAAACCAACGUCGGUCAAGAAAUUAUCGACUCCUUGACAGUCAUCAGAACAGUCCUCCCAGUGCUACAUGCAUCUCUCUGGAGUCAGGUGGUAUCUAUCGCGCCAUACGUUGCCGAAGCACUUAAAUCUCGAUACUCUUUCAUUCGGUUUGCUGGUGCCCGUUGCUUGGCCACCUUAUGCGAUGUCAUUACUGUUGAUGGAAUGCGUAUAAUCGUUGAAAAAGCGGUUCCCAUGCUUGGUGAUACUAGAAAUGAUGCUUACCGACAAGGAGCAUCUGAAGUUAUAUAUCACCUGGUUCAAUUAUUGGAUGCCAAGAUUUUGCCCUACGUGAUCUUCCUUAUAGUUCCCAUUCUUGGUCGCAUGAGUGAUCCCGACGAGUCGGUACGACUGGUAUGCACCAACUGCUUUGCAUUGUUGAUAAAGCUUGUACCCUUGGAAGCUGGUAUUCCUGAUCCACCAGGCAUGUCGCAAGAACUUCUCGCUCACCGUGAUGAGGAGCGCAAAUUCCUUUCUCAACUUAUGGACCCCAGCAAAAUUGAAACAUUCGUUAUUCCCGUUAAAAUCAAUGCCGAACUUCGUAAAUAUCAACAAGAAGGUGUCAGCUGGCUGGCAUUCCUUAACAAAUUCCAUCUUCAUGGUAUACUCUGUGAUGAUAUGGGAUUGGGCAAGACACUACAGUCUAUUUGCAUUCUCGCAAGCGAUCAUGAAAAUAGAGCUACAGCCUAUGCACAAGGAAGAGAAACAUCACCAUGUCCUCCUUCAUUAGUUAUUUGUCCACCAACACUUUCCGGUCACUGGUAUCAUGAAAUCAAAAAUUACACCAACACAAUGAAGCCUCUGAUGUACACCGGCGGACCAGCGGAAAGAAAGAGACUCAGAAGCAAGAUCAAAGAUCACGAUAUCAUCAUCAUGUCCUAUGAUAUCAUCCGCAAUGAUAUUGAGGAUUUACAGAAAACGCCUUGGAAUUAUUGUAUCCUGGAUGAAGGUCAUAUUAUCAAAAACGGCAAAACGAAAAUUACUAAGGCCAUCAAAAGUAUCAGAGCCGACCAUCGUCUCAUUCUUUCUGGUACACCCAUUCAGAACAAUGUACUGGAGCUAUGGUCAUUAUUUGAUUUCCUCAUGCCAGGAUUUUUAGGCACAGAGAAGAUCUUUAAUGAUCGAUUUGGAAAGCCCAUCUUGGCCAGCAGAGAUAGUAAAAGCUCCUCGAAGGAACAAGAAGCUGGUGCUCUGGCCCUGGAGGCACUGCAUAAACAAGUCUUGCCAUUCUUGCUUCGUCGCCUUAAAGAAGACGUCCUUCACGACUUGCCUCCAAAGAUUAUCCAAGAUUACUACUGCGAGCUCAGUGACCUGCAAAAAUCGCUAUAUGAGGAGUUUUCUAAAUCUCAGGCUAAGAAUGCGGUUGAGCAUGAACUGGAAUCGGAAACCGAUGAAAAAGAAGGUGGCGGAAAGGCGCAACAUAUUUUCCAAGCUCUACAAUACCUUCGUAAGCUGUGUAAUCAUCCACUUCUGGUUGUCAAUCCUAAGCAUCCAGAAUACAACAAGGUUAUGCAGCGGUUGGAAAAGAAUCAAGCGUCGCUACAUGACAUUCAUAAUGCUCCCAAGUUACUGGCUCUGAAACAAUUGUUGGUGGAUUGUGGAAUUGGUGCCACAACAAACGAAACAGAAACAGAUCCAGCCGCCAUGGCAGCUGGUGCGGUCAGUCAACAUCGAGCUUUGAUCUUUUGUCAGCUGAAAACAAUGUUAGAUAUCAUUGAAGAUGAUAUUUUGAAGAAACUUAUGCCGUCCGUAACAUACUUGCGUUUGGAUGGAUCUAUUGACGCAACUAAGCGUCACGAUAUUGUACAGAAAUUUAAUGCGGAUCCCUCCAUCGAUUUGCUGCUACUCACAACGCACGUUGGUGGACUAGGACUAAAUUUGACUGGAGCUGACACCGUCAUCUUUGUUGAACAUGAUUGGAAUCCCAUGAAGGAUCUGCAAGCCAUGGAUCGUGCACAUCGUAUUGGACAGAAGAAGGUCGUCAAUGUGUAUCGACUAAUUACUAGAGGUACAUUGGAAGAGAAAAUCAUGGGCUUGCAGAAGUUCAAACUCAACAUUGCAAAUACCAUUGUUAAUCAGCAAAACUCUGGUCUCCAAAGUAUGGACACUGAUCAAAUUCUGGACCUCUUCUCUGUCCCUGGAGGCAACGGAGAGGAAAAGCCCAAGAAGGAUACAGAAGGAGAAAUCGCCAAACGCGUGGGACCCAAAGCAGUUCUGGAUAACCUUGAGAGUCUAUGGGAUGAGAAGCAAUAUGAGGAGGAGUACAAUAUAGAUAACUUUAUCUCAAACUUGAAGUAACAUCCUUAAAUACAGCUAGCAUUUGUACAGUAAACAUCAACCUUACUAGCGUUCCAAAAGACCAAAAGUAUACCGGUCUGAUUUGACCAAAUAAAAAAAAUUCUGGUUUGGUUUGAUUAAAACCAAAUACUUAUG